AUGUCUGAUAACACUCCAGUAGUUGCAAAUAAGGAUACAGAAUUGUUAGAUUCUUCAUCUUCAGAUCAUCACCAUGACAUGAAAGAUAAUGAAAGUAUUCACUCCAAAUUAGCUGAAGCUGGUAAUGGAGAAAGAGGUAAUAUCUUAUCACAAUACAGUGAAAAGCAAGUAAUGCAAAUGGGACGUAACUAUGCUUCUAAACAUGGUUUAGAUGUUGAAUUGUUUGCCAAAGCUGCUGCUUUAGCUAGAACUCCUGCUGAGUUCAAUUCCAUGCCUUUUUUAACCGAAGAGGAAAAGAUUGGCUUGAAUUUGGAAGCCACUAAGAAAUGGCAUAUCCCUGGUAAAUUAGUCAAAGUCAUUGCCUUAGGUGCCAUGGCUGCUGCCGUUCAAGGUAUGGAUGAAUCAGUUAUUAAUGGUGCUGUUUUGUAUUAUCCUCAAGUUCUUGGUGUUACAGAUAUGAAAAAUGCCGAUUUGGUCGAAGGGUUAAUCAAUGGUGCUCCUUAUUUAUGUGCUUCAGUCAUUGCUUGUUGGUUAAGUGAUGUGUUCAACAGAGCCGUUGGUAGAAAAUGGGUCAUUUUCUGGACUUGUUUGAUCUCCGCCCUUACGUGUAUUUGGCAAGGGUUUGUCAACACUUGGUGGCAUUUAUUCAUUGCUAGAUUCUUCUUGGGAUUUGGUAUCGGUAUUAAAUCAGCUACUGUUCCUGCCUAUGCUGCUGAAUGUACUCCUAGACAUAUCAGAGGGGCAUUAGUUAUGUUAUGGCAAUUUUUCACCGCUGUCGGUAUUAUGUUUGGUUAUGUAGCUUCCUUAGCUUUCUAUAAAGUUCCAGAUAGAGGAGUUGGUGAAGGAUUGAAUUGGAGAUUAAUGUUGGGAUCUGCUUGUAUUCCAGCCAUUAUCGUUCUUUUACAAAUUCCUUUCGUUCCUGAAUCACCUAGAUGGUUGAUGGGUAAAGGAAGACAUAGUGAAGCUUUUGAAUCAUUGGUUUUAUUAAGAAAUGAAAGAAUUGCUGCUGCCAGAGAUUGUUUCUACCAACAUGUUUUACUUGCUGAAGAACAUUCUUACGUUGGUAUUUCUACUGUCAAGAGAAUGAUCGAAAUGUUCACUAUCAGAAGAAACAGAAACGGGGCUUUAGGUGCUUGGGUUGUUAUGUUCAUGCAACAAUUCUGUGGUAUUAACGUCAUUGCUUACUAUUCUUCAUCUAUUUUUGUGGAAUCAGGUUUAGGUAACAGAGAAGCUUUAUUAGCAUCUUGGGGAUUCGGUAUGAUCAAUUUCUUGUUCGCCAUCCCAGCCUUUUACACCAUUGAUACAUUCGGAAGACGUAACUUAUUAUUAACCACUUUCCCUUUGAUGGCUAUCUUCUUGUUAGUCACUAUGUGUGGGUUCUGGAUCGAUCUCGACACUAACUCCAAUGGUAGAGUUGGAUUAAUCGCCUUUGGUAUUUACAUCUAUGCUGCCAUCUAUUCAUCUGGUGAAGGACCAGUUCCUUUCACCUAUUCUGCCGAAGCUUUCCCAUUAUAUAUCAGAGAUUUAGGUAUGGGUUUUGCUACUGCCACCUGUUGGUUCUUUAACUUCAUCUUAGCCUUUACUUGGCCAAGAUUGAGAAAUGCUUUUAAACCACAAGGGGCUUUUGGAUUCUAUGCUGCCUGGAACAUCGUUGGUUUCUUCUUGGUAUUACUCUUCUUACCUGAAACCAAGGGAUUGACUUUGGAAGAAUUGGAUGAAGUUUUCGGAGUUUCCUUAAGAAAACAUGCCUCUUAUAGAAUAAGAGAAUUCAAUAACAAAGUCAUUCAAAGAGGAAUCUUAAGAAGAAACGUAGCUCCAUUACCUCCAUUGUAUGAACACGAAAAGAGAAUGGCUGUUACUAAUCCUGAAUGGAAUGAGAAGACAGAAGUCUCUCAUAUUGAAUAG